AUGGGAGACUCGGCGUACUCCUUCUCCCUCACGACCUUUAGUCCCAGCGGCAAGCUCGGCCAGAUCGAGCACGCGCUGGCGGCGGUGAACGGCGGCGCGACGUCGCUGGGCAUCCGCGCGCGCGGCGGCGUGGUGAUUGCGACGGAGAAGAAGCUGCCGUCGCCGCUGGUGGACGAGGGCACGGUGGAGAAGAUCUCCGUGCUGUCGCCGAACAUCGGCGUCGCGUACAGCGGCAUGGGCCCCGACGCGCGCGUGCUGGUGCGCAAGUCGCGCAAGUCGGCCGCGGUCUACCACCGCACGUACAACGAGGACAUCCCCGUCGCGCAGCUGGUGCGCGAGACGGCCGCGGUGAUGCAGGAAUUCACGCAGCAGGGCGGCGUCCGUCCGUUCGGCGUGAGUCUCCUGCUCGCGGGGUACGACGACCACGGGAGCCAGCUGUACCAGAUCGACCCGUCGGGGGCGUACUUCGCGUGGAAGGCGAGCGCGAUCGGGAAGAACAUGGUGAACGCCAAGGCCUUCCUCGAGAAGCGGUACAGCGACGACGUGGAGCUCGAGGACGCCAUCCACACGGCGCUGCUGACGCUCAAGGAGGGGUUCGAGGGGGAGCUCACGGGGCACAACGUCGAGGUCGGCGUGGUCGGCGAGGACCGGAAGUUCCGCGUCCUCACGCCCGCCGAGGUCUCCGACUACCUCCGCGAGGUCGAGUGA